CCCCUUAAGGGGCAUCUGAUCCAAUCAGGCGCUCGAAAGCGCUACGCCAAAGUCCCUCUGCGCGCCUUGCGCUCCCGGACUCAGAGCGCACGCUUCCAUCACAUGGGCGAGCCCAGCGGCCGUCCCGAGACUACAACGCCCGGCGUCCCCUUCUUCGCCCUGAUCAAUGGACCUUAUUUGAAUAAUCUGUGAGCUCUUGGACUCAGGCCAAUCAGCUGUCAGGGACCCAUGAUAAAUCGCAAUGCAUUAUUGAUAAUCAUAAUUACUCUGACAUGCGCAUUCCGGUCCAGGGGAGUAAUUUCCCAACUCUAGGAAUUUGUUGUGAAGAAGAAGAAGAAGAAGAAGAAAAUAAUUGCUACUAUUUUGCUCCCGAUGCGUGUGCACCAUGUCGAGGCGCAAGCAGGCGAAGCCCCAGCACAUCCAUUCGGACGAGCAGCAAGCCCCGCGCGCAGCAAAUGGGAGUCCACAAGACGUCCCAGGUGACAAAGGGGGCGAAAUGAGUUCCAAAAGGUGCCGGACGGAGGAGACCCACAUCUGCGAGAAAUGCUGCGCAGAGUUCUUUGAGCUUUCCGAAUUCCUCGAGCAUAAGAAAAAUUGCACUAAGACGCCACCUGUCCUAAUCAUGAAUGACGGCGAGGUCACGGUGCCCCUGGAAGACUUCCCUGACAGCUCCUCGGGGAGUUUCCCCAGCAAUCAGAUGGACGGUCAGACGGCCAAGGAGAGCCCUGCCAAGAGUUGCUCUGCUUCUGCAGAGAAGAGAGGAGAGAAGGUCGGCGCUGAACCGGAGGGAGGGAUGUAUCUCAAAACAGAGCCCCCUGUCGCUCCCGCAGCUCAUGAGUUGAGCUAUAUGCCCAAACCCAAAGUACCAAACACUAACGUGACUUUGCAGUCCAUACGUGGCACUAAAGUGGCUGUCAACCAAUGUACCUCGGAGACUCUGUCUCCAUCCGUGGCUGGCCUCAACGCCAUCCCGAUGAUCCUUGAGCAGCUCGUGUGCCUGCAGCAGCAGCAGCUGCAACAGAUCCAGCUGACGGAGCAAAUCAGGAUCCAGAUUGCCAUGAUGGCCCCCCACAUCCUGCAUCCUUCAGUAGCUGCUGCCGACCCGCUCAAAGCUUUGGGAGCCCACAUGUCCCAACAACUGUCAGCUGCUGUGGCAUUAAUCGGACAGAGAGCUGGGAACCAAAGCCUAUCCCUGGAAUCCUUGAAGCAAGGCAAACUACCUCAUUCGAGUGCCGGCAUGCCGGCCGCUGUCUCUAUGGCUGGCGGGCUCACGCCAGCGGCCAUCUCCUUGAAGCCCGAUGCAAUCAGAGGCCUUUCGGGCGCCAUCUCCCGCUUCCCGAACCCUUUGCUACCUCAAUCGUCCAGCUCUGGUGUCAUCUUCCAAAACCCACUUUCGGCCAUUUCCCCAGCAGCGGUUGACCCCUCGAAGAAAGUGAAAGGGAAGCUGCCCAACCUCAACAUGCCCGAAAACAAACCAAGCCUGGAAGAGCCUUCCUCCUUCUUCAAACACAAGUGCAAGUUCUGUGGCAAAGUCUUUGGCAACGACAGCGCCCUGCAGAUCCACCUCCGUUCGCACACGGGCGAAAGGCCCUACAAGUGCAACAUCUGUGGCAAUCGCUUUACGACCAAAGGCAACCUUAAAGUGCAUUUCCAGCGGCAUAAGGACAAAUAUCCCCAAAUCAAAAUGAAUCCUUACCCGGUACCGGAACACCUGGACAACAUGCCCACCAGCAGCGGCAUACCCUAUGGGAUGUCUGUCCCACUGGAUGAAUCCAACCUUAUUGUGGACACCAAGCCUAUCUUGACGGCACUGCCUACCUCUGUAGGUGCCAGCUUACCUCCACACUCUUCCAACUUGGCAAGCAGCAGGGAUUCUUUUGCCGGUGUGCUUCUGAGUGACCUGCAACCCAGGCCUUCUCCGGAAAGCGAAGGUGGGUCUUCAUCGGGUACGGCGAGUCACGAGUCGGGAGUUGAGCAGAACAGGAGUUCCCCGCAGGCCGGCUGCAGCGCAAGUGUGUUUCAUGUGGGCAGAGCUGGUGAGCAAGGCUCCGAAACGACAAAGCUUCAGCAGCUGGUGGAGAACAUUGACAAAUCCGCGUCGGACCCCAACGAGUGCCUGAUCUGCCACCGAGUCCUCAGCUGCCAGAGCUCCCUCAAGAUGCAUUACCGCACUCACACGGGCGAGCGGCCCUUCAAGUGCAAGAUCUGUGGCCGCGCCUUCUCUACCAAGGGCAACCUCAAGACGCAUUAUGGAGUGCACCGCGCAAAUACCCCCUUGAAGAUGCAGCACUCCUGCCCCAUCUGCCAGAAGAAGUUUACAAAUGCCGUGGUGCUGCAGCAACACAUCCGGAUGCACAUGGGCGGACAAAUCCCCAAUAGCCCUGUCCCAGAAAACACACGGGACAACACUGAGGUGGAGCCUACCAUAGCUGAGAACAACGGAGACCCGUGUUGCCUGGAGGAUAAUGCAGAAGCCAUGGAGACAGAAGGAGAUCUGGAGUUGCGGGAUGGCCUCAGCCACUCUUCCAAGCCACUUGCCCCAUGUGGUACUCCAGGCGAGCCUACGAGUUCUGUUUUCUCCAGCAUUUCAGCCCUGGAAAGCCAGAUGAAGAUGGUGAACUCCACCUUGUCCUUGCAGCACCAAAGCAGCCAGAAAUGCAGCGAUAAUGGCUCGGGAGAGAGCGAUGGUAUGACCAAUGACUCUUCCUCAGUAAUGGGUGAUGCAGACUAUCAGAAUGGCAGCCGGAGUCCUGUUGCCUCUGAUUCAGCUUCUUUCCCAGCAUUGUCUCCAUCCAACAGUCAAGCAGAGAGCCCCACAUCCAAGUCUCCAGACUUGAACAUCCAAGAGGAUAGUGCAGCGGGAAGUAAGGCUGAGGGUCCCGAAACCCACCCCAUGGGUCCUGAAAUCCGUCCCAUGGAAAGGGAUAGUGCUUUGGAUCUAACUUAUGGCAGUAUUGGUCGAAAGAUUAUCAAAGAGGAACCUGGGUUGCUCUUCCCAAAUGGAGAGUAUGGUCGAAACAGCGUCCACCCUGCUUUUGUCAGAGCGCCGUCAGGUCUUAUAAAAAUGGAAGUCCCUAGCGAUCGCCCCAUCAGCACGGCCCAUUUUAUUGGCCCCCAUGUGUUGUCGUCCUCUGGGCCUCCUCUGCUGGUGCCGCCCCCUCGCCGGACUGCGAAGCAACAUAUCUGCACUACGUGUGGCAAGAACUUCUCUUCGGCAAGCGCCCUCCAGAUUCACGAGCGGACUCACACGGGCGAAAAGCCUUUCGCCUGCACCAUCUGCGGAAGGGCUUUCACCACGAAAGGGAACCUCAAGGUUCACGUUGGAACUCACAUGUGGAACAACUCCGCCAGGCGUGGAAGAAGACUGUCCAUCGACAACCCCAUAGCUCUGCUCGGAAACGAUCCCAAGAAGGUAUCGGAGAUGUUUCCCAAGGAGGUUGUUCCUGCCUCGGUCAGCCUCGAUCCCUCAGCAUGGAACCAGUACGCUGCAGUCCUCAGCAAUGGCUUAGCCAUGAAAGCUAACGAGAUCUCUGUGAUCCAGAGUGGCGGUAUACCUUCUCUUCCAACCACAAUUGGGGGAGGUCCGGCAAUCAACAUAGCAAUGAAUUCCGCCACAGUCUCCAAGAUGGAUGGUUCCCAGUCUACGACUGGUUCAGAGAUGGAGAAGCCCAGCAGCAGCGCCACAGACACUGUGCCAAAAUGCCAGUUCCCUCACUUUAUGGAGGAAAGCAAAAUUGCUGUCAAUUGAAAGCCAAGAAAACUUGAGAGGAAGCAGAAUGGAUUUUUUUAAAGGAAUCUCUAUAGAAACAUAUAUAUAUUAUAUUUUUAAGAGAUUACACCUCAAGUAUCCUUAUUUUCCUAUCAAUGUGCAAAUGAGUCUAUGGUUGUCUUUGUAAAGAGUUGCCCAGAGUACAAUCAUGCCGGGUUUGUUUUCUUUUUUUGGGAG